AGGGGGAGAGCGUGAGGCGGGUGAGCUCAUUCGACGCGCGGAGGCGGCCAGGCAGGAAGGAAGGAGCUGGUGAUGGAGAUCCCCUUCUACCACGACGAGGGGCAAGGGGACAAAGCGGAGAACAACCAUAUUGUGGGGACGACAAGCACAGGGGGAGCUCUUCCUCUUCCGUCAACAAGCCGGGAAGCGGAAGCAGGCCCUUCGCUGCUCUCUUCGCCGGAUUUGGGCCUGCUCAAGCUGGCCUCGCCGGAGCUCGAGCGCUUGAUUAUCCAAUCCAACGGGUUGGUCACCACCACGCCGACAGGGGGCGCGAGCGGAAGCGGUGGCGGCGCGACCGGAAGUGCCUCAGGAUUUCCUUUCCCCAAAGCGACAGAGGAGCAAGAGUUCGCGGCGGGCUUCGUGAAGGCCUUGGAGCAUUUACACCACCAGGGGCAGCAGCAGCAGCAACAUCCGGGCGCUGCGUCGGCCUCGUCCAAUCCGGAGCAGGCGCCGGUCUACGCCAACUUGAGCCCCUUCGGAGCCUUUGACGGCCCGCCCUUUCCGGCCCCGCUGAAGGACGAGCCCCAGAUCGUGCCGGAAGUGGCCAGCUUCGGCGGGGGAGGCGGCGCCGCGCUCCCGCUCUCCCCGGACAGCCCCCCGCUCUCUCCCAUCGACAUGGACACCCAGGAGCGCAUCAAGGCGGAGCGGAAGCGGCUCCGGAACCGCAUCGCGGCCUCCAAGUGCCGGAGGAGGAAGCUGGAGCGCAUCUCCCGCCUGGAGGAGAAAGUCAAGAGCCUCAAGAGCCAGAACACCGAGCUGGCCUCCACCGCCAGCCUCCUCCGCCAGCAGGUGGCGCAGCUCAAGCAGAAGGUGCUCAGCCACGUCAACUCCGGCUGCCAGCUCCUCCCCCGACAGCAGGCGGCGCCUCAGAGCCACCCCGUGCCGGCCUACUGAGCCUGCGCCCCCGACCUGGACGGACCAAGGGACCCGCCGUGCCUCCCUCCCUGGCUCCCCCGGCCCGGCGGGGAAGGCCGAAGGGAGCGCUUCGGACUCACGGAUCGACACCCAAAGAGCCUCCCGCGUUGUUUGGGGGAAGGAGGAAGGACUCUUCAUUGGCAGAGUGAGCGCCAUCUCUAUCCCUAACAAGGAAAAGGAGGCCCCGAUGCAAUAAAAAAGGGGG